GAAAAGACCCGGUCUCGACAUAAGCAAACCUUUUAACUUUCCUGACGGCACUUCAGGUCAUGUAUCAGUGAGUCGACCCCAAGAAAAGCCGAGAACCGAGUGGAAUCGCAAACAAACCGCUGAAUUUUCUAAUUCUAUUUUAAAAGAUGGAAACAUGAAAAUUCGCGCCAUCUAGCUUUUGGCUCGUCUUGGUCCAAACGCUGCCUUCUGGUAAUUGGUUCUUCGUUUGAUGCCAUUGCUCAAUUUUAUUGACUACGAACACUUCAAGGGAGAUUGCAUGAUCUCGGAAAUAUCUGCUAACUAGACCAUAGCGUCUAAAAGGUGGAUGCCACUUCGCUUCUUUGUUAUCUUUAAGGGUAUGUCAAGCAAUUAAAGUUAUCGACAACGGAAAGUGUAGAAAUACAGGACAGAAACCAAAAGUAAACCAUUUAGAGUGAUGCAAGGAACCUUUCUUUUUCCACGGAAACAAGACCCUAGCGUUGGCUUGAAGGAAAUGUUGAAUUUUUUUUCUGAUUCAGUGGAGAUCGCCGUCCAUCAGUAUAUAGCUGCAACGGAACCUCACCAACAAAAUCACUCUGUUAUUGAAAGGUUCAACUGAAGAGAAAUGGCGAUGAGCGGUUACUUCACCGAAGGGAGACCCUCUCCUGGAGUCCCAUCUCCACUGACGGAUUUAUUUGAAUCCUGUCAGGAAUCACGGUCAAACGAACCGAAAGCUCUUACUGGAAAGAACUAUAACACGAUAGAGAAUAGUGGCGAGGACAGUUCAGGGGAACUAACAUACACGCUGUCUGAAGCAGUGGAGAAAAUUGGCUUUGGAAAAUUUCAAAUUAAAAUGUUGUUAAUAGUUGGCUUUUUCACAAUUGCUGAUGCCUUGGAAAUGAUGCUACUCUCAAUUCUAGGGCCAACAAUACGCUGUAUAUGGCACCUUCCUUCCUGGAAAGAGGCCUUGGUUACAACUGUUGUUUUUGUUGGAAUGAUGUUUGGUUCAUCUUUCUGGGGAUGGCUGGCAGAUAGCUAUGGACGGAAGACUAUAAUUGUUAUUUGUGCCAUCUGGAUAUUUUAUUUUGGAUUUAUCAGCUCUUUUUCUCCUCAUUACUACUGGAUUAUUGCUCUACGUUGUUUAGUUGGUUUUGGAAUUGGUGGUGCUCCACAAUCGACAACUCUCCUUGCUGAGUUUCUUCCUUCAAGUGCACGGUCAUACUGCAUUUUAUCAUUAUCAUUUUUCUGGUCGGUAGGAUCAUGUUUUACAGUUGGAAUUGCUAUGGCUGUGAUGCCAACAUUAGGCUGGAGGUGGUUGUUAGGAAUUCUGUCUUUACCACUUCUGUGCUUUCUUUUAAUGAGUUAUUGGCUUCCAGAGUCCUGUAGGUAUUUACUCACAGCUGGUGAAAAAGAGAAGGCAUUGGUAAUGCUUCAAAAGGCAGCAAGAACUAACAAAAAAGAAUUACCAAGUGGAUAUCUCCUUGAUGCAGGCGAGAAUGGCAAACAGGGAAGGGUUAGAGACUUGUUUAGCCCAGAAUACAGAAAAACAACAUUUCUUCUAUGGUUUAUAUGGAUUAAUUUGGCCUUCACAUAUUAUGGGAUAGUAUUAAUGACCACAGAAAUGUACCAAGGCCUAAAUGAAUCUGGUGGAAACUGUAACGCCGACAGUAAUGUAAUGAAGAAUCCUGAUUGUGGAUGUCAGCUUCUUACUUUAAAAGACUACACAGACAUGAUGUGGACAACACUCGCUGAAUUUCCAGGUAUCAUUGUAACCAUGCUUUGUAUAGAAAAACUUGGAAGAAAGAAAACAAUGGCCGUUCAAUUCUUUCUUACUGCUGUGUGUUAUUUUUUACUCUUCAUCUGUUCAGGAAGAACUAUGAUGACUAUUUUUAUAUUUGGGGUCAGAGGAUUUAUAUCAGGGGCUUUUCAAGGAUUUUACGUCUACACACCCGAGGUUUAUCCCACUGUAAUUCGUGCUUUGGCUCUAGGAUGUUGCAGCGCAAUGGCGCGUAUCGGAGCUAUGGUUACGCCUUUUAUCUCACAGGUGCUGCUCAGAGUUUCACUACGUUUGGCAUUAGGUGUUUAUGGAGUGAUGUCGCUAGUCUGUGUGGUGUUCACUCUUAUGUUACCGAUUGAAACUAAAGGAAGACCCAUGGUGGAAACAUUACAUUGAAGGAACAUUUGGGAAUUGGCAUUUUUUUUGACCAGUUUUUGUAAUUUUCAAACCACGAAGCUCGAAAGUCACAAUUUUCUUUUAUUUUAAAAUUACCGGGAAGAAAAAUAACCUGCUUUGGUUUUCGUUAGGAAUUUUAGUACUAUUGUUAUUAUAAUUUUUGGGGAAGCCGUUACGUGCUUUUUGAUACAAUAUUGCGCCUUAAUAAGAAAAAAUUGGCAGCACAACUAAAUUUACCUUCAAAUGGGUCCUUGUUUUUCUGUUUUACACUAAAUGGGUACGAGCACUUGGAUUGAUAUUACUACCCACUGUGAGAGGAACAGAGUGAUAUCACAAAUAGUGAUGUACCUUUGAAAAGGGCUGCGUCAUGGUAUUUUCAGUUGUUUUUAACACGUAAUCAGUCACCUUAAAAUGAGAGGAAUAAAUCAGAAAAGAAUAAGGAUGGACCAAGAUGAAGAAGAUUAGGGCCUAUUGUUGAUGAGUCACUUAAAAAAUGCUAGGAUAAAUUUUUUCAAAAUGCUGAGACCGUGUUGUAGCCACUUUGAAGUUUAAUGGAAGUAGCUGCUCAAUCAAGGGGCUCUAGAGAGCUUCUAUGCUGGUGGAAUUAUACCUUCUUCCGUCUAGGAAAGUUCCCCUUAAAAAGCGGAGCAAUAGUAAAUAUGAGAAGGACAAAAAAAAAUUUGCACGUUAUUAAGUCAAAAUUUAAUGUCAAUUUUUCCCAUUGCCUUAUAUUUCAAGCAUAUCCUGUACAGCAAAUUUCUAAUGCUUGAAAUAUUACCUUUCGCAAUAUUGUAAGUUAAACAAUACAUUUGAAUUGUAAAUUUUUUCAGGGAGAAAUAAACUGUUGUCUAAAAGUG